AUGGCGGAACCAGCAAAUACACCAGUACCGGCUUCUACGCCGCGAGCUACAUCUCCUGCUCCCCAUCAGUCCCUGUUUUCCCAAUCUGGCUCAUUUCUCUCACCAAAGCUAUCUAUGCCACCGUCGAAACCACGGGUUCUUCAUAUUGGCGAUCCUGUGAAAUACAACCCCGAAACUUUUCUCCGCUUCAGUAUUCAGUGUGAGAUUGUGAGACCUUCAGCUGAAGAGCGGCAGCGACCUGAGCUUAUCAAGGCUCUUAAAGAUAAGCGAUGGGGAGACUUUGAUGCUAUCUUUCGACCGUUUUGGAGCACUGGUGGAGAGAUGGGAAAAUGGGAUGCUGAGCUGAUCAACCUGCUACCGGAGAGUGUCAAAGUGUUUGCGAGUGCAGGUGCUGGGUUUGACUGGGCUGAUACGAAGCUCUUGGGCGAACGAGGAAUCAUUUAUUGCAACUCUGGUCUUGCAGCUGCCGAAGCUGUCGCUGACUUCGCCAUGGCUGGUAUCAUUUCCACUUUCCGUGUCCUCCCGUGGUGUAUCUCAUCCGCCAUGUCCGGCGACGAGGAAGCCUUCAGCACAAACCAUCGAGAUGCAACCAUGCAAUCGCGCAAUCUCCGCAACCAAGCUCUCGGACUAAUUGGAUUCGGCAACAUCGGCCAGCAGAUAGCGGCUCGUGCCCGUCACGGUUUCGGCAUGGAUGUCCAUUACUACGAUAUCCUCCCCAAACCUUCUUCUGUGGUUGCCCCUUUGCGAGCUACGCAUCAUGAAAACCUUGAGAGCCUUCUUGCUAAAUGUGAUUGUGUUGUGCUGUGCACACCUGCUGGCGAUGGUACGCUUAUCAACGCAACUACAUUACCGCUUUUCAAGCGAGGAUCACGUUUUGUCAAUAUUGCGCGGGGCAGUCUUGUGGAUGAGGAGGCACUGGCCGCUGCAUUACGAGAUGGAACUUUAUCCAACGCAGCAAUUGACGUUCACGCGAAUGAGCCAAAGAUACACCCUGGGCUAAUGGAACUAGCCAAGCAGGGUCGUGUACUUUUGACGUGCCAUAACGCUGGUGGAACGGUCGAUACACACAAGGGUUUUGAAGAGUUAAGUAUGCGAAACAUUAUGGCUAUACUCAGCGGCGGGGAGGCUAUCACACCUGUGAACUUGCAGUUUCUGAAGUAG